GCGCCCUCCGCACGAGACUUUUGACACAGUCCCCAGCACACGCGUUGCGUCCAGAUCUCGGACGUUGCUGGAGUCAUCAACUUCUGAUCUUGUAAUAUCUCGGAUUAUACUAAAAGGAAUAUGAAUACAUUACGAAUCACGGUCUUUCUCGUCCAUUGUCUCGUGCUACUCAAGGUGUGCAGUGGCGCUUCUGUGGACCGGUAUGAGAGUGCCAAACCCAGAACAACAGUGGUCAGCCUCUUUCACACACUAGAGAAAACAAACACAACAGGGCACCAGGUCGACAGAGCGACAAAUGAUUAUGAUGAUGAAGAUUAUGAUCUCUCUGUGGAUUAUGACUCAGAACAACCAAGAGUGGCAUUCUCCACCAAACCCAAACAUCCGUCAGCGAUUCCCACUACUGAGAAGAAGACGAAAAAAGGAAAAAGGAAGGGCAAAGGAAGAGGAAAGGGAAGAAAGAAGAACCCCUGUCUGGAGGAAUACAAAGAUUUCUGCAUCCAUGGAGUGUGUCAGCAUCUGAAAGAGUUGAACACUCAUUCUUGUGUAUGUCAAGUGGGAUACUCAGGAGAGAGAUGCCAUUUAUUUACGCUUUCGGUUAGUAAGAAGGAACCGCGUUACAGCCGGACCACAGCUCUAGCGGUCAUAGCAGUGGUCCUGUCCCUCACGUGUCUCACAGUUAUCGCUAUUCUGCUGGCACUAAGGUACCACAAAAAAGAUGACGCUGAUGAAGAAAGUGCAGAAGUGAUAAGGGAAGAAAGGAAGGAGAAACCCAAAAGGACAGAUGGCACUGAGGAAAAGCAGGGGCACAAUUGCUAGAUUUCUAGAUCCUUACUUUCAGAUGUCCUGCCAUCCUGGCGGCUGUCUACACUGGCAGGAAGGAUGUUUUGAACGCUGCUUCCGUACAGUGUUCUUGUCAAUCUACUCUCCUUGUGGAGAUCAUACAGAGAGGACUGAACCGGGUGAAUGUAGUGCAACUUUAAUCAAGUUGCUUUUUUGUUCGUUGCUUAUUUAUUUAUUCUGAAAAGGGCAUUUCUGGUUCCUGGCAUCAGUCUAAAUCUAUAGUACUGUCGGAAACGCCACAAAGCACUUGUAAUUAUUUAUUCAUAAUGUAUUGGUUAUUUAUUUUGAUCUGUAACAGUUGUCUACUGAAUGCACUGUAAGUUUUGUAAAUGUGUUUUUUAUUGUGUAGAUAUUUAUUAUUGAUAGAUCCAAUCAAAUAAUGUUCUAAUAGGACGGAAGUUGCAUGAAAGACUUUGCAGUCACAUAUUGAAGACCCCUUAGUAAAGUUUUAAUAAUAUUAUCGCUAAACUGUGAAGUAAAUAGAUUUUCGGAGCUCUAAAAAUGCAAUCAAUUAAAUCACGUACUGUGGUGAAAUGUCAGAUUCAGGGCUUUGUUGGUCUUACUGAGAAAGUGUAGCUUAAAUUAAGUGGAAUGGAAUAUGUUUAUCAAAGUAUUUUAAGU